UCUGGAGGUUGUUUAUUUGGACCUUCAGCGCCUUCUUCGCGUCUGACAACCUUGCUGUUCUUUCACUUAGGCCACUCCUCCUUCACUUGGGUCGCAGUCUACAGCUCGAAAGCAAAAUGGCCAAGGAAAAGCGAGAGAAGACUCGUAAGUCUGCCAUCAAUGAGGUGGUGACAAGAGAUUAUACCGUCAAUCUCCACAAACGGAUUCAUGGUAUUAGCUUCAAGAGGCGCGCUCCUAGGGCCAUCAAGGAACUGCGUAAGUUCGCUGAACAGGCCAUGGGAACCCCAGACGUUCGUAUUGAGACAAGACUCAACAAACACAUCUGGUCUCAGGGUGUCAGGAGUGUCCCCUUCAGAGUCCGUGUUCGCCUGUCGCGUCGCCGUAACGAGGAUGAAGAUUCUCCCCACAAGCUGUACACCUUGGUCUCUUUCAUCCCUGUUGCAUCCUUCAAGGGACUUCAAACUGAGAACCAGGAAGUCUCUGAAGACUAAAACAUCCAAUGGCCUGAUUCGUUGUAUGACAAAUGGAAUACAAUGUGUUGUGGUUAA